AUGGACAACUCCACCGUGAUAAUGGAAUUCUUUCUGAUGGAAUUCUCUGACAUCAGAGAGCUCCAGGUUCUACAUGCUUUUCUGUUUUCUCUGAUUUACUUGGCAACUCUCACAGGAAAUUUUCUCAUUAUUGUCCUAAUCACCAUGGACCAGGGUCUUCACACCCCCAUGUACUUCUUCCUGAAAAAUUUAUCCUUCUUUGACCUCUGUCUCAUUUCCAUCAUAGUCCCCAAAUCCAUUCUCAACUCUUUUACCAACAAGAGCACCAUUUCUUUCCCAGGAUGUGUGUUGCAGGUCUUGUUGGUAAUUUACUUCGCAGGGGCUGAGGUAUUUAUCCUCACAGCCAUGUCCUUUGACCGGUAUGUGGCCAUCUGCCACCCACUUUACUAUAACAGUAUCAUGAAGAGGGCAGUCUGUGUGCAGAUGGCAGCUGCCUCUUGGUUCCUUGGAGGAUUCUUUGGAGGCUUAUACUCAGGUGGUGUGUUCUCUUUACCUUUCUGUGGUUCCAAAAGAGUACCUCAGUUUUUCUGUGAUGUCCCCUCAUUGUUAAAGAUUUCUUGUUCUAAGGCUCAUACUACUAUUAAUGUAAGUGUGACAAUUGGAAUAUUUUAUGGGUUUUUUUGCCUACUUGCCAUUGCUUUCUCAUAUGUUUAUAUUUUCAGUACAGUACUGAGCAUCCCUUCUGUACCAGGCAGGUCAAAAGCCUUUUCCACCUGCCUGCCCCAUCUUGUAGUUGUGGCCACUUUUCUCCUGACAGGAGCCAUUGCCUAUUUGAAACCAGUGCCUGACACUCCCUCUCUCCUGGACUUGCUACUCUCAAUGCUGUAUUCAGUACUGCCUCCCACUCUGAACCCCAUCAUCUAUAGCCUGAGAAAUAAGGAAAUUAAGGCAGCACUGAGAAAGCUCCUGUGGAAACUUGGUGGCAAUGUGAAACAGUAG